AUGGUGGAGCGAACUGACAUGGGUCUUCAUAGAAAGCCUGCGGUGCAUGUCGCCAAUCCAAGAAGGAUCGAAGACCUGGAGAGGGAGAUCGGGUCGUUGAAGGAAAGACUCGAGAAACGACCGGAAGCGGGCAUAUGGCAAGCCAUUCCAGCAUCUCAGUCCUCCCCCUCGGCUACGCAGAUGCCCAUCCAGUAUCGAUCGCCAGAUCAGGUCAGAGGUCCCGAGAAUCCCAUCAGCACGCACACGUCUCCCGCAACCGUUAUUAAUCCCCCAACCCUGAGAAGUUUACCGCGUCAACCAACAGGUUCGAGCUCUGGAUCCCCCAAUGUGUCGCUCUUACAACCGCCUCUAACGCAGGGGCAUAAGAGAAAGCGCACACAUUUCGAGAUGGGCGCGGUCGCUAUACCCGACUUGGUUGAAGCAGGCCUACUUACGGACCAGGAUGCCACUUCAUAUUGGGCAGCCUUCUUCUCUGGAUGCGACCGGUUCGUCCCUGUGUUUGAUCCCCGAUUCGACUCGAUGGAAUCCAUUCGUUCUCGAAGCAGUCUGUUGUUCGGUGCCAUCUGCUCCGUAGGCUGCCGAGUGAUCAAUGGAGCAGACUCGCGUCAAUGGCAUGUCCUCAGUUUUCAGACCCAACGAAUGCUGAACGCUGCGAUCACCACACCAACAGAGGCCACACCAGAAACGAUACAAGCACUCCUUGUCCGAGCCUGCUAUGUGAACGAGCGCUCUCUGUUAAUCGCCAUCGCGACGCGCAUGGCCUUCGAAGUGGGCCUGCCUGAAGCCUACGACGCGAUGAGCGCUCACUGCGUAGCCAAGAACACCCCGCGUAUGGACACGAUUGACGAUCCAUCGCAGGCCGAUGUUGUUCUUAUGCGUAAGGCCCGGACGUGGCUCCACCUGUUAGUCAUGGGCCACAUUCUCCAUGUUGAUGCUGGUGAUCUCCCGGCGUUCCGGUUCCGAGGUGCUGCUCGAAGGUCCAGGAUCCUGUUGGAAAGCCCCUGCUCAAACGACAUGGAUCUCUAUUUGUUUUCACAAGUGGAGCUCAACGCCCUCCGGGCAAAUAUAUACAACAGUCUCUCGCAAUGCGCCGACGCCGACGAAGAAGAUAUCAUGGAGAUGGUGCGAGAUGCCAAGAUUGAUAUUGAGGUUUGGUUCAAUGAUUGGACGCGCAUCUAUGAGCAGCGUAGGCCCCAGAUGCCCUGGCUUCAGCCAAACCUCAUCGUUCAGCGUCACUGGGCCGAUAGUAUGGCACUCUGCCGCGCUGUCCGCGCAUCAGGGGUCGAGAAUGUGCGCGCCAUGUCUCAAACCCAGAAAACGAUUCUUCUGAUGGCGAAGGCUUCGCUCAAGCAGCAUCUCGAAGUCAUCCUGAUGGAGCCCCGCCACUACCUCUCCGGGCUGCGUUUUGCAAUGGAUUUCGUCUGGGCGAAGAAUGCUUUCUGCUUUCUCUUGCUACUGAAGUUGUCUCUCUUGCUCCCCGAUGAUGGAGAUCAACAAUCAAGUCAGGAUUUGGUUGAAAAGGGGAGAAUCCUUCUAGGCGAACUAAGGAAUGCCAAUGGUGGCCGUGGUGAAGGGAGCAAGGCAAGUGCGAGCAGCCUGUACCUGCAGCUCGUUCAAGCCAGCAUCGAGAAGUAUCAUCACGCUCUGCGAAAGGACGGUGGUCCACGAACAGGGGAGCCUUCGCUCCCGGCCACUAUACAAAUGGAGCAAAGCCGAGCCGACGGGCAGACAGAGCUCGAGUCUUUUGUUCCAGAGCAGUUCGUCUUUGAGUGGGACUUCCCGGGUCUGACCUUUUUCUCUUCCCCCCUUACCGAGACCGGGUGGCUCGACGACUUUUUGGCCGGUGGGCUGGACAGCAACGAUGAAUUCUUCGGCACGGGAUGGCCCUCGGUAGACUUUUCAUUCUAG